AUGGAGAAAGCCUUCACAUUUUUUCUCUUAACCCUGGUGUUGCUUCACUAUGUUAUGGCUAGUUCAGCCAUGACUCACACGAACAUUACCACUGAUCAAUUAGCUCUUCUUUCCCUAAAAGCCCAAAUCAUUUCGGACCCAUUUCACUUCUUGGAUGAAAGCUGGUCUUCAGCCAUUUCUGUUUGCCAUUGGGCUGGAGUCACUUGUGGCUCUCGCCACCAAAGAGUGAAGUCCUUGAAUCUUUCCAACAUGGCUCUUAUAGGCAAAAUUCCACUUGAUUUUGGAAACCUCUCAUUUCUUGUUUCUCUAGACUUGGUAAACAACAGUUUUCAUGGCAAUUUGCCUCAAGAAAUGGCACGCUUGCGUCGGCUUAAGUUUCUUGAUUUAAGUUUCAACAACUUCAGAGGGGAGGUUCCUUCCUGGUUUGGGUUUUUACACCAACUUCAAGUUCUAAAUCUUGGAAAUAACAGUUUCACUGGUUCCAUCCCUUCUUCAUUUUCUAAUAUUUCCACACUUGAAACUUUGAUCCUGAGAUUCAAUUCCAUAGAGGGUCAAAUCCCAAUAGUGAUUGGAAGUCUUAUAAACCUUAGAAAAUUAAACUUGAGGGGUAACAAGCUCAUAGGCUCUAUUCCUCUGUCACUCUUGAAUGCCUCAAGGUUGGAGGCUUUAGAUAUAUCUUUUAAUUCACUUCAAGGAAACAUUCCAGAAGGAAUUGGCAAUCUACACAACCUGAACUGGUUGUCCAUACAAUAUAAUCAGCUUACAGGUUCUAUACCAUUCAAAGUUUUCAAUAUUUCUAGAAUCGAACACAUUGCAUUUUCAAGAAAUAGCUUAUCAGGAAAUCUUCCCAAUGGUUUAUGCAAUGGUCUCCCAAUACUCAAAGGCCUUUAUCUAUCUGCAAACAAGCUUCAUGGUCAUAUGCCUACAAGCUUGUCAAAUUGUUCAGAACUUCAAAUAUUGUCUUUAUCACUAAAUGAGUUUGAUGGACCAAUACAUAGUGAAAUUGGAAGAUUGAGUAACUUGCAGGUAUUGUAUCUCGAAUCUAACCAUUUCACAGGGAUAAUUCCACAAGAAAUUGGAAAUCUUGUUAAUUUGGUGCAGUUGGACGUGGACAACAACCAAUUUACCGGCUCUGUCCCGAUCUCCAUAUAUAAUAUCUCCUCACUACAAAUUUUAUUUCUAUGGGGCAACAAUCUCAGUGGAUUCUUACCACGAGCGAUUGGCAACUUAACCAAGCUACAGGCUCUAGAACUUAAUGAAAAUAUCUUUACCAGUGAAAUACCCAAAGAGAUAAGAAAUCUGGUGGAGUUGGAGAUACUUAAUCUUGGGUUUAAUAGUUUUAGUGGUUCACUAGCAAUGGAUUGGGGAAUUGCUGCGAUUCUUCCUGAAUAG